GACGCCAUUUCAGGUGGAGGUUAUGAACUAAAAACCUGAAAUAAAAGGACUUAAAUCUGUGAUUCAGAGGGACAUUUAACUGGUGAGUCUACCGAUUGAAGGAUACUACUAAGAUUUGAAAAAAUGGAUGAAAAAACUCUUCUUAAAGAUUUCCUGAGCUGCCACGUUUGUUUAGAGACUUUCAAAGAUCCGGUGUCUCUGAGCUGCAGCCACAACUUCUGUUCAAGCUGCCUGAAAAAGUUCUGGGAAGAAGCUAAAAACAGAAACUGUCCCACCUGUAAAAGAAAAUCUUCUAAAGAUGCUGUUGUGAACUUUUCACUGAAGGGACUUGCCGACUCUUUUGCUGGAACACAGACAGGUGGAUCGUCUGAGACUGAAAAAGAAGAAAAGAGGGAGGAGGAAGAAAAGGAGGCCAAACCUGGAGACCUGAUGGAUUUCUUCUGCUGUUUGCUUAAGCUGUUCCAGUGUUGUGGUUGUGGUGAUGAUGGAAACGACAAUCAACUCGUACCAGCCAGGCGAGGAUCAGGCUCCAACGAUGGUGGCGGCGGCGGUGGUGGUGGUGGUGGUGCUGCUGUUGUUGUUGUUGGUGAUAGAAACCGUUACUUCGUACCUGCCGGUGAGUUUCCUCGUUCCUCCAACAUGUCAGACUGA